AUGUGUAAGAUCUUCCCACUCACUCUCAGCGAGCCGAUCAUGUUGUGGUACAACCAGUUGAAACCCAAAUCCAUCUCUUGCUUCAACGAGCUGGAGUUGGAAUUCAGUAAAUGCUUUGUAACCAGCAACAUACAACUGAAGACACUAUCUAUGCUGGUGAACAUGCGGAGAGGUGCCAGUGAAACCUUACGGCUUUAUACCAAGCGAUAUUGGGAAGUCUACAAUCUUAUUCCUGACUGUGAUCAAGGAGUUGCGGCGGAAUCUUUUAUGAACGGCUUGGAUCCGACCUCGGCCAUGUUCCGUGACCUGUCACGUAAUCCACCUAAGACGAUGGAAGAGCUCAUGGCCAUAAUCGAAAAAGAUUGCGUCCAUGAAGAAGCAAUGGCCGAGCGAAAUCCGCCAAAGGCUUCGGAGCCCCCAAAAACCUCUGGACCGAAGAAGCAAGUUUCAAACGUUCGCCAGGGGCAAGGGGGCCAAGGCGGCUCAAGCCAACCAACCACAAAGCCGACCAACGGCGGCCGACCUCCGCAACACCCUCGGCCACAACCUUGGCAGCAAACCAAACGAGAGCCACGGCCAGACGAGUACAUUGCUGAGCAUACGGUAUUCACUGAACCAAUUUACAAGCUCCUUAACAUCAUUGGCAAAUUGCCAUUUUUUGUUUGGCCAACUGUACUCUUAGGCACCGUCGGGAGCGGACCAGGGAUGUGCACGUACCAUAAGGAACGUGGCCAUUAUACUACGCAAUGCCCACCUUUUAAAAGGUAUCUAGAGGAACUGGCAGCGGCUGGGCAUCUAAAUCAAUGGAUCGACGUUCGGCGGAACCCGCUCCCGCCGCCUCCUCCUCUCAUCGGCAAUCUCGUAAGUGUAAUACAGGGAUUGGUUUCCGAAGGGAGGGUGGCCGAGCUUCAUUUAGAAAUUGACAGGGCCGUCUUCUCUCAAUCCGUCUGCAACAUCGGCACUUCUGGCAAACGAAAGUGGGAGGAUCCGAGCUUCAACAGCGAUAUUACUUUUUCAUCCGACGACUUGAAAGGGGUCCAACUCCCUCAUACAGAUGCCCUCGUCGUUACUAUUGCUAUUGAAAAAUCAACCGUACAGCGAGUAUUGAUAGACCAGGGAAGCUCGGCGGACAUGAUGUUUUACUCAACAUUCCUGAGCCUCGGAUUAUCUCCCGCUCAGCUUUGGACAGCAUCAACUCCACUUGUAAGCUUCACUGGAGCCCCGGUUUGGCCGCUCGGCCUGGCCACUCUUCCUGUGCGGGCGGGAUCACGUGUUCUCCAAAUUGAAUUCGUGGUGGUCGCUUCUCCGAGUCCAUACAACGUCAUCCUCGGCCGAACCUGGUUGCAUGAAAUGAAGGCAGUCGCCUCCACCUAUCACCAGGCGGCCGGUGGUGCAGUAAGUUCGACGCUCAUCAGCCGCUCAUACCGAAGCUGUAAUAACCGAAGUGAAUCAACUGUUGGACGCUGGCGUCAUUCGGGAAGUGCUAUAUCCCACCUGGCUUGCCAAUCCAGUGGUUGUCCCGAAGAAAAAUGGGAAAUUAAGGGUAUGCAUCGAUUACACGAACCUCAAUGA